UUGUAUUUUUUAGGUGCCAGCGCAACGCGAUGUGUGAAAUGGGUACGAAAGAUCAAGGUUUCGGAAGAAGAAAGCCAAAGCUUCUGGCAGCAACGUGACUACAAGUCAUUUUCACCCAGCGUUGACUGGAGUAAUGCCGACUUCCAGUCGACUCCAGCUAUAAUCGACUUUCCGGUUCAGUCCGUGAUUUGCGUUCCAGAAGAAGGAAAACAAUAUCCCGCUGGUACAGAGUUUGUGAAUUUAAAGGGAUACGCACUUAGCGGUGGAGGCCGAGGAAUUAUUCGCGUUGAUGUGUCUUCUGACGGAGGCGAAACAUGGCACACGGCUGACCUUGAACAGGCAACCGACCAGAAGUUGUUCAAGAUGUGGGCAUGGACGCUUUGGAGCUGCCGGGUUCCCCUGGACAGGACGAGAUCGAAAGAUGGACAUUAUCAGUUAGUAUGCAAGGCCAUCGACUACGGCUAUAACAGCCAGCCGGAGACUUCGAAAGGCAUCUGGAAUUUUCGGGGAUUCCUCAACAAUUCGUGGCAUAGGGUGAACAUCACCGUAAAGUAG